AUGAUCAUUCUGGCAGGUAUCUACAAGAACGUCCAAGAGUUCAAGAACUUGAAAGAUGUUGACCUUAAUGACAACCACGAUCCAAUUCUGUACUGUGAUUUGUCUCGGUAUGAAGAAACCAAAGUCGAGAUCGACGGCAAAGAGGAUACAUAUCUCCUGGACAAAACCACCAAUCUUAUCCUACCAAAGUCGAAAGAAUAUGAUGGAUGUAAAUCUGGCGACACAGUUGCUUAUAGAUCAGCACAGGUAAAGAAUGGGCAGCUAGUCAAGAACUCCAUCCAGCUCUGCCCUUGGUAUCUCACUGUCCUGGGACACUCGGCCUAUUCAACCAUUGAUGCUGUGACAAAUCACAAGAAUCUCAAUGACUAUAACCCCAAGCGUCCACUCACGGAUGGCGAGCCUAACGCCGAUGUGUUCGGUAGUCGACUCGAUGUUUCUUUACUGCAUGAGUUUUCGCACGCCCUUUCUGAGGACAAGGGCCAUACCAAGGACUGGGAGUACAGAUGGGAAGGUUGUAUGUCAGCUGGACCGGUUGGAUGUAACAACGCGGAGUCGAUCUCGUACUUUGCAAUGGGUGUGCAAAUGAUCAACAAAAAGGCUUAUUUUACCAAGGAGGGUAAAAUGGCCUUAUUGAAGAACAAGCCAAAUGCUGGAAAGCGAGAUGUGCAAAUGGUCAUGCAGCCCUGGACUGGUUAA